GUUUAUAGUCUCGCCGUCCGCCCUGCCCGUGUGUGCCUACGUGCAGUGUUGGUGUCAAGGGCGCGUCUUCUCGUCACAAUUCCAACAUCCUGUCAGAUUGAUUACAAUUCAUCACAAGCUUGAUUGACUCGAACCACGGUCACAAAUAGUCUGCUGCCGUGCACUGUCGCAUAUCACCUCCCGCAUUACUAAUCCAGAACGCAAUUUAGCCACAAGGGCCCAGCAGUCCCUUCACCGGACCCCUCCGCAGGGCCCGUUCUCGCCCCUCAGGUUCCGAAGGGGACCCCCACCAUGCCACGACCCAGGCCAACCUCGACCCGAAGUUUCUUUGAAAGGCUUAACAAGCUCGUCCAAGCAUUGAUUGACCUCGCACUCCCCAGGAAGCAUAGACAGACACCACAGCCGCCCCCGACAGACCACAGUACCAUGGCAAAACAGCUGGUGCUCUCCACUGGUAACAUCGUAUCCGGCGGGCCCUCCAUCAUCCGCAAGCCGGGCGCAUACCGCUCCAACCUCGAGCUCACAAACUCGCUGCGCAGCAACUUCCUCGCCGCCAAGCAGGAGCACGCAUCAGCAACACCCACCGGCACCACCAAUGGCCACGCCAACGGCACCGCAGCGAACGGCACCGCCGACCACGCCGCAGUAGACACACCACAACAACCCGCAGCAACAACAGCCGACAACACCACCACAAGAAAACCCACCCCGCUGCCCUCGUGGGCGUCACAGGACCCCUCGGACGGGACAAUCUACAUCCCCCGCAUAGACUGGUCGCCCGACGUGACGGGCCUGCAGGAGGACCCCUCGCAGUACGACAUCACGGUCAAGAUCUUCUACCUGCCCACGUCGCCGUCGGACGCCGCGUCGCGGGCCGCCCACACGCGGCGGGCGCUGUCGCUGGUCCUGCGGGAGCUGGGCGUGUCCUCGGUGUCGCUGCUGAUCGCCUCCUUCCCGGGCAUGUCGUUCGAGGGCGACUGCGAGUGGGAGGCCGACAAGCUCAACGCCUCGCAGGGCGACGACGGCUCCGAGCUGGCCACCUGGGCCGGCGCCCUCGAGCCCCUGCACGACGAGGGCCUCGCCCGCCAGCUGGGCAUCGCCGAGUUCGGCAGCGAGAAGCUGGGCCGCUUCCUCGCCGGCGCCCGCGUCAAGCCCGCCGUCGACCAGAUCAACAUCCGCAACUGCUGCAACGUGCCCCCGCCGCUCGUCAGCCUCGCCCGCGCCGAGGGCAUCGAGCUCUUCGUGCACAGCGACUGCACCGACGUCCUCCCCAAGGGCACCCUGCGCGAGCUGCUGGGCCACGGCGUCCGGGGCGCCGCCGUCCUGGCCGACCCGGCCGAGGGGGUCCACGAGGGUCUGAGCGGGGACCUGACGCCCCAGUGGGUUGUGAAGUAUACGGCUGUGGUGAGGGACCGUGGCGUUAUCGAGAACAAGGGUUAUUUCGCCGGCGCUGGGCUCGUCGAGGAGUAGCGACUGGAGUAUGGGUAUGAGCAUGAGUCAGAUAAAGCGGUGGUUCGUUUGGGGGACUCGAGGCAUGGAGAAGCUUGCUGGGUUUGAAGGCCCCUCCUCCCCUGACCCUCGCGGGUGGCAUUAUCAGCAACAGACGGGUGCGAUGCUCCGAUGCUCGUCAUGGUCGCCUCAUGCUCCACGAUGCAACGAGGCACGAUUUUGUGAAUACGGCGAUAGAAGGCGCAAGGGAAGACAUAUAUAAAUCACAUGCUUUCAGCGACUUGUCAGGUCAAGCAAUAAGAGUCCCGCCCGAGGGGCUUUGUCUCUUCUGUCUCUUGGGCUCGAAUGUACAUGUCUUGCUUGGAGGCCAGCAACCUCCCACCGAAGGGGCCCUGCGCGGUAAGUUGGCAGUCGAGACUCUUGAUACAUUCCAUUCCACGCGUUCCUGGUCUUUGACGUGGUCGUGGGCGUUCUAGCCCUGCCUGGCAAGAGGAGGGGGGACUCGCCCAGCUUCGGCCGACGGUGCUUUUCGUAAAACGUCGGCGCAUAGUGCAGGCUCAAGUCCAUAUUUCUUUUGAGCGACUGGGUGCGCAAGGUGAUUCGGAUCACCGGGCGACGACCCAAGGCAUCAACACCCCAUCACCCCAGCAUGCUCCGCUUCCGCCCGCGCAUCCGCACGUCCUCCAGCUUCCUCAGCACGGGCUUUGACCCCUUGAAGGCCCCCGCGUAGCCAGCGAGGACCUCGCCGAACAGCUUCUCGGUGCGCGGGUGGGUGCUGAGGAACGCGCGCUCCAGCACGUACAGGUCGACGGCGCGGUCCUCCUCGCUCGUGCUCUGGCUCGCGAGGCCAAAGUCGAUGAUGACGAUCUGGCCGUCCAGUAUGGGGCCCUCCUCCUCCUCCUCCUCCUCCUCACCGGCCUGGCCCGCGUCCGCGCCGGCAGCGGGCGACUGCGCCGGCCGCAGCAUCAUGUUGCUCGUGGUCAGGUCGCCGUGGACGAUGCCGGCGGCAUGCAGGGCGCCGACGGCGGCGCCGACGCGCCUCAUGAGCGCGACCAGGUCCGAGUUGCCGGCCCCGUCCAGCACGCCGGCCUCGGUCUUGUCGGCCAGCCAGGCGUUGACGCGGGCGCGCACGGGCUGGCCGCGGACCCACUCGAUCAUCAUGCAGCCGGCGGCCUCGUCGACGCUGUAGACGGCGGGGACGGGGACGGCCUCGCGGCGGGCCUUUGCGAGGAUGCGGGCCUCGGCCAGGAUGCGCUGGCGGGUCAGGCGGGCGUCGAGGAUGGGGUGGCGGUAGGGCUUCGAGGGGCGGUGCUUGAGGGCGCAGGGCAGCGAGGGCGUCAGGUAGGAGGUCUUGUACAGCAGGCCCUCGGCGCCCUGGGUGAUGAGCUCGGGCGGGCUCGAGGUGCGGUGCGUGAGGACGCGCGGGAGCGAGAUCGGGGUCUGCCCCGCCAUGGUGGUGGGCGUGGCGGGCGUGGUUCUGGCCGGGCUGGAGGGCUGCUGGGGGUGGGUUCCUGAGUGCGAGACCUUUUGCCGUUUGGCCUGGGGUUCGACGACGGCGGGGGUGGGAGCGGGAGGGUUGGGCGAGGAUGUCAUGGGCGAGUGGUUGGGCCUCGGGACUGGCUGGUGGGGUCUUGGUUGUUGUGCCUGCUUGGGAGGAAAAGUGCAUGUGUAUGACAUGAGCUUACAGUUAGGUAGGUCUACAGCUACGACUACACUUUCCCCCACCCCACCUUGAGAAUGAGGGGCAGAAAAGUUCUGGAAGAUCUGCCUGAAGAGCAGGGCAGGGUUCCAGGGUUGCUUGCAGCUGCCCGCACUCCAGCCCGACAGGCAUGACAGCACCUCGGCUUCCCUGCAGCACAGCAUUGAGCUGAAUUUAAGCAUACGAUAGCAUUCCUUGACGGGCUUUACCACAGUACCACAGUAUUAGGGGCCAUCACUGGUGAGGCUCAACCUCCAUGGGCCGGCCCGAGGGGAACUAUGCUAAGGUCUAAAUAUUAUCUGAUAGACUGAUAGUUAAUGGAAACCCGUGGGAUGAUGGAUAUCAGCAUUAGCUAUGGCAGACAGACUAUUAUUAUUGACACCCCUCUGACUUAUAAGCGGCGGGGCCAUGUUCUUUCUGCUCCUAAAUAC